GUCAUCACACACAGACACACACACACACACAAACACACGCACACACAUACACGCAAACACACACACACACACAUACACAGAGACACACACACACGCCUUUCGGCGUGUCGUAGACAAAUCAACAUCCGCGGAUUAUAAUGACAUUCAGUGAGGUUUAAGACCAACGUUGAGAUUUGUUUAGCUCCUCGUGAGAUCCCUUGAAGCACAAUGGCAGCGUGAUAGCGUUACAGUGUUACCGCGUUAUAGCGCAUAUCGCCCAGGCGCUGAAAAAGCCGGAGCUUGCAUUUCACCGACGGGUCGAGACGCUGCGGUCUGGCAGUAUUCCCUUUAUUCUGGGUGGAAUCCACCGGUGACAGCAUCCAUGGCGAAGACAGUGACUACAUCACCGACACUCAUAACAGGUGAGCCAAGGACCCCAACCUCACCCUGUCUCCUCCCCGACAAGAGGUCCCCCAGCAGUGGGAACAGCUCUCCGGCACGCGUGGGCUCUGCUGGGAAGACAACCCCGUCCACAGAACGGAAGCCGCAGAUCAACGGGCAUCCUUCACCUUUACAUCUACCAUCGAGCCACAACAACCAUGAUACACUGCUGGAAGGCUACCUGAAGACAGAUGACCGAAUGCGUUUGGCCAAAGAGAGACGUGAAGAAAGAGAAAAAACCCUGGUGGCACGGGACCAGCUGGUGAAGGAGAAGGAGCGGCGUGCGCGGCUGCAGUACGAGCGCACGGUGGAGGAGCGCUGGAGGAGGCUGGAGGAGCAGAGGCAGAAGGAGGAGCUGAGGAGGUCCGCCGUCGAGGAGAAGAGGAGGCAACAGCUGGAGGAGGAAAAGGAGCGUUUGGAGGCUCUGAUGAAGAGAUCUCUGGAGCGCAGCCUGCAGCUGGAGCAGAGGAACCGACGCUGGAACCGAGGAUACCCUGUUAGUGGCCCAGGUGACAGUGAUAACCCACCCCCUCUCUCCGCUGCCUCCGCCCUCCCCCAUGGCAUUGCCUCCCCCCUUCCUGCUUCCAGCGAAUCUGCCCCCUGCAGCCCCCACAGAUCACCGUACCGCGGCACACUGAACCCAGCCGACCACAACAGAGCCAGCCUCCAGGGAGGCUCUCAGUCCACCCCCAACACCCCCAAGAAACAGCGCUUUCGGAGGGACAGACGGACGGCUUCUCCAGCAUUCGGCUCUCCUCUGAGGAGACCAGACUCCCCGGCCCACUCCGGGAGGCAGUUCACCUGCCCCUCCUCCUCCAAAGUGACAUCCAAAAUGAGAACUUCAUCUCCUUGCUCAGCACGCCACCAGACUCCGUCCCCCAUAAGACACCAGUCCAACCUCGUAACCAACGGCGACAGAUCCAAAUCCAGAAGGAGCGGCGGCCACUGUGAGGAAUCCAAAAUGGACACCUCUGUGAAGAGGAAUAGUAGUGCAGAGAGCCCGGAACCAUCUACUGUACAGACGGCGAGAAACAAGGAGAAACCUCUGGUCGAUGCUGGGACCAGUAAGGGCGCAGGGAAUGAGACUUCAGGGAAGGUGUCUGCCGGUGCUACUAAUGCUGAGGAGGCGUCCAGGCUGCUGGCUGAGCGCCGGCGCCAGGCCCGGGAGCACAAGGAGCUGGAGGACAAGCGGCAACAGCAGGAGAAGGAGGAGCGCCUGAAGGCAGAAGCACUGAGGAGGGAGCUGCAGAAGAGGCUUCGGCUGGAGAAGGAGGAGAGGGACAAACAGGAGGAACUCAUCCGACAGCGUGAGGAAGAGGAGAAGAAACGACAGAAGGAGGCGCAGGACAAGGAGCUGCAGAUCCAGAAGGAGAUAGAGAAAGAAAAAUGUAAGGAAGAGGAUGGAGAGGAGACCGAACGGCAGCGCCAAGAGCGGGAGAUCCAGAAGAUACAGGAGGAGGAGGAGAGAAACCUCAGGAAGAAGCGCAUCGAGGAAAUCAUGAAGAGAACGAGGAAGGGCGAGGCAGACUUGAAGGAGGGACAAGUGGAGAUGGUGUCUCCCUCAAUGCCAGGGGAGCUCAGGACCAACGUUCACACUAGUGAAAUGGCAAACGAGCAAGCCAUCCAAAAGGUCACAUUACAGGUCAGAGCCCAGCUGGCAGCCCAGGCCAACCUGAAGAACCAGGGAUCCCCAAAGAAAGAGGUAAAGGCAGAAACCACGACGAUGCAGAAGGAGCUGACGCCAGGGCCGGUCGAAGUGAACAGCGUCCGUAAGCAGGAGAGUGUCACAAAGAACGCUCCAGGACAGGCGGUGAACCUCGGGGCGUCCACCUCACCCCAGGACGCCCCGGUCACAACAAACGUUGUCGCGAGGGAGCAAGAAAUACAGGAAGUCGCCCGCAAACCCGAAGAGAAAGACGUCACACAGGGGAGCCCCCAAACGAACAAAGAGCUGUCGAAGCAAGCCGACACCAAAGCACACCAACGAGAGAGCGUGGUUUCCCACGAGAAGAACGCAGAGCACCUGGCCCACAACAAGACCCAGAACCAACGCAACGCCGCAGAGGGCGGCCGGCAGAACGGAGUGGGGGUAGAAGGGAGCGGCGCAGGGGCGUCGAGCCCUGAGCGCAGGGGUCCCGGGGGGGCGGGGGAGACGAAGGAUACACUGAGAGCGUCUCUCAAGCUGCUGUCGGUGGGACGUCCCACCCCGCCCACCAUCACCCUGGAGCCGCUGAACGUCAGGGGUCCAGGGUCUGGGGACGAGGUCCAGUCCAUGGAAGUCAGCCCGGUGUCCAAAGAGGAAUUGAUCUCCAUCACUGAGUUCUCGCCGGUAAACGAGACCCAGAUCCACAGCGUGAGCAACAGCUGUGCCCUGGAAGACCUGUUAGACCUGACCGGCACCGCAGCCUACUCCAGACUCACUUCCGAAAGCCACGAAGGUGGAGACCUCAACAAGAACCUGAUCCAGGGUGUGGUCAGCCCCAUGGCCGAGUCCAAAGCCAUUCACACCUCCUCUGCUUCAGUCGUAUCCUCCAAGAAGCUCAGCAUCCAGUAGAGCCGAGGAGAGGUCUUUAAGGUCCAUAGGGUCCUAGGGAUAGUGUGUGGGGUUGAGGUGUAUAUGUGUGUGUGUGUGUGUGUGUGUGUGUGUGUGUGUGUGUGUGUGUGUGUGUGUGUGUGUGUGUUCGUGUGUGUGUGUGUGUGUGUGCGUGUGCGUGUGUGUGUGUGUGCUUGUAUGUGUACAGAAAUCUACAGGCUCAGGUAUCUCUUAUGCUGUUGGACUGAAGGUUUUCAGUAGUUAAUUAGUUUAGAGAGAGGGAGAGAGAGAGAGAGAGAGAGAGAGAGAGAGAGAGAGAGAGAGAGAGAGAGAGAGAGAGAGAGAGAGAGAGAGAGAGAGAGAGAGAGAGAGAGAGAGAGAAAUUGCUUUAUGGUUUGAAGGGGGAAAUUACAGCAAAAUGUGAUCAUGUAAUGAAUGUGUGUGUGUGUCUGUGUGUUUUUGUGUAUUUGUCUGUGCGUGUGUGUGUGUUUGUACAUCCAAUAGUUCAAGGUAGACAAGGGUAGAUCAACAACAAAGUAACACUUUUCUCUAGCUUUUACUCAUCCAGAAUGUUAGAAAACAGAGCUCAUCACAACCUUGUGUCGUUGCUCAUCUAUGUUGUAAUAUUAUGUCUAGUGUCUUGUUGGAUGAGGCUGCUGCAAGGCUAAUCCUGAAGGCUGUGUUAAGUGCUUAUCUGUCCACAUUCUUUAUCAAACCCAAACCUAGUCCACAGACAGACAGGCAUGGCAAUGCAGUGCACGUCUAUUCCAACCCCUGAUUGGCUACUUCUCUCAGAUAAUGACUUCCUUAGCUCUUUAUAAUGGCCCAACGACGCCUUUUAGCUCCUUUCAAGCACGCAUGUGAGAGUGAGUGAAAUAGAUUGAAUUCCAAUUGAUCUGAUCAGCAGAUCCACAGUACUGUGACUGCUUGUUGAGAUUAAAUCAGACCGGAUCUGCCGAUAAAGUUGCCUGUUUAUGAUUGGUUGAGGCUUUGAUUACACCCUCAAUUUAUUGAAAAUAAUUAAUGAAUGUGACAUCCCGGAGGUAAUUGGUAUUUCUUAUUUAAAACCACAAAUGUUGCAUUUAUGUUCCAGUCACUGCCCUUUCAUGGCGGGUUCUGUUCACAAGAAAACCUAAUCUAUUCAUAAAUUCCGUAAUGCGACAACAUAUGAUUGUUUAACAUGUAUGCCACUUCUGUUUCAUUUUCUUGCCCCAAAAAUAAUGUUGAGCAAACAAUCUAUAUUUUAUUUUGCAUGUUGCACUAUUCUAUUAACUGUUCAUUGUUAGCAGUUCAGGGAGGAUCUAUAUCAAAGACACAUGUAUCUUUAAAGUCCUCAAUAGCUUAGCAAUCAGUAUCUCAGUAUUUGCUGUAAGAAAUCAUUUGCGUCUUGAUUUUUGUCCUGCCCCCGAUUAUCUAUGUCCCUAAAUGUAAAUGGGGGACUUUGUAAAGAGGCAAUGUGUACAAUUUAGAUUGUAGACUUUAGUGAAGUGAGUUUAGUUGAAUUUACUCAAAACACAACUUUACAGCGUAAACAUGACAACAGCUAGUGGAAUCGUACACAGUGAUGUUUCAAUGUAAUUUGCCAUAUAGCAUAUAUUUUGGGGUGUCUCUGAGACUUGAGAUUUUCUUCUGGCCAUUUGGUUUUCAGGAUGUUGACAAUCAGGUUUGUUGCCGUAUUAUAUGAUGCAUUAUCUGUAUGUACCUUUUAGUUUGGCCAUAGCAGCUGUAGACUGUGUGCCAUGCAGCAACAUUUGAGUCUGGGCCUAAAUGCACCAAGAUUGCACCAUUCACUGUAAUAAUGACUGGCACUGAGAGUGACUUCAUGAGCUGACAAAAGUUUGUAUUGUUAUAUGGAGUCAAUUAAAACUCUAAACUACAUGUAUCCAGAAAUAAAAUAGGCAUAUUAUAUUAUCUACCUUAGGAUUUUAGAAUUUAGGAGGAAGAUAUAUAUAUAUAUAUA